AUGGCACAACAAGUUCAUGGCAAGACUGCCAUCAUCACUGGAGCUGGUAGCGGCUUAAACUUUGCCCUAGCAAAGACCCUGCUGGGGAAAGGCUGCAAUGUUGUUCUGGCGGAUCUGGCUCUAAGGCCCGAAGCUCAAGAAUUUGUCGACUCCCACGAGAAGUCAUCAGCCUCUUACGGCAGGGCAAUCUUUAAGGAAACCGAUGUUACGUCUUGGAAACAACUAGAUGAGUUGUUUGAUACAGCGGAGAAAGAAUUCGGGAUCGCAGACAUCGUGGUUGCUGGAGCCGGUGUUUUUGAACCUGACUUUAGUAGCUUCUGGGUCCCUCCAGGGACAGGCAAGAGUCGCGAUGCGCCGGACGGGGAUCGCUAUGCCCAGAUUGACAUAAAUGUUGUCCACCCCAUUCGCGUCACGCAGCUGGCCAUUACUCGUGCUCUGAAUAGCGAACCAAGUCCCAAGACAGUUUUGAUUGUUUCCAGCACCAAUGGACAGCAGGCCUCGUUCUCAACGCCAGUCUACUCGGCGACAAAGCACGCCAUCAAUGGGUUUGUGAGAUCUCUCGCCAAACUCGAGCCCGAGUAUGGUAUCCGCGUCGCUGCUGUUGCUCCUGGUAUCAUGAGGACGCCAAUGUACCUAGAGAACCCUGAUAAGCUCGCAUCUAUCGAUAUGCGAAAGGAUUCGUGGUUGGAGCCGGAGGAAGUUGCCGAAGUGAUGCUUGGUUUAAUCGAGCGAAAUGCCAUCGGUUCACGCAUUGGAGAUUAUGACUCGAACAAACAGACGAUCACAAUCACAGGUGGGACUAUUCUUGAAGUUGCCGGUGGAGAAAUUCGUGCUGUGGCGCCUUACAACGACCCAGGACCGACUGGCCCAGGGGCAUUGGCAUCUAACAUCGGAAGUCUAGAAGGAGAGAUCAAGGACACUCUAAAAGCCGGCUGGGGUAUUCCAUAA